AUGACCUGUGCAUCGUGCUCGAACACCAUCAACGAAGCUCUCGCAGAGCUGUCAGGCGUAUCCGAGGUCUCUAUCAACCUGCUGGGAAAUUCAGCCACGCUCGUCGUGUCCCACCCCGAGAUCGUGCCUACCGUUGUAUCUGCCAUUGAGGACAUCGGCUACGAGGCGGAGGUAGUGAGCGUGGAGCCGGUUCGCAAGCCCGUUCACAGCCCCGUACCACAGACAAAGGCCGAUGGACCCCAGUGGGUUGAUCUCUCCAUAGACGGGAUGACUUGCGCAUCCUGUUCCAACACCAUAACGAGGAUCCUUUCCGACAUCCCCGGUGUGUCCGACGUGGCCGUAAAUCUCCUGGGGAAGUCUGCGACCGCAGUUGUACAGGACAAGGAUAUCGCGCCACAGCUGAUUGAAGCCGUUAAUGACGCCGGAUACGAGGCCGAACUCGUCGGCCUCCGGCCAUUGCAUGCGCCCGAGGUCGAAGAUGCAGGUCCUCGGACUGUGUCCUUACGCGUCGACGGGAUGUUCUGCGUCCACUGUCCAGGGAAAAUUAUGGCUGCCCUGAAGGCUUUCGGCAACGAUGUUACGGUGUCGAAGCCACUCACCUCGCACAUCGACCCCAUAAUGACCUUGUCCUACACACCUUCCCCUCCGAAUCUUACGAUUCGUUCCAUCAUCCACGCGAUCGAGGGUGCCGGCGAGCCUGCCACUCCAUUUUCGGCCUCUAUCCAUCGGCCUCCUUCCCUCGAAGACCGCGCGCGCUACAUGCAGCGCCGCGAGCAGAAGAGCCUCCUCCAGCGCCUUCUCUUCUCAGUCGUCGUCGCCAUUCCGACUUUCAUCAUCGGGAUCGUCUACAUGAGCCUCGUACCGUCGAGCGACCCCACCCGCAUGUGGUUCGAAGAGCCCAUGUGGACGGGGAACACGUCCCGCGCGGAAUGGGCACUCUUCUUCCUCGCCACGCCGGUGAUGUUCUACAGCGCGGGCACGUACCACCGUCGGAGCCUCCGGGAGAUCUACGCGCUCUGGCGCAAAGGGAGCCGCGUACCCGUGUGGAAGCGGUUUGUGAGGUUCGGGAGUAUGAACCUACUGGUGUCCACUGGGGUGUCCGUGGCGUACUUUGCGUCCAUUGCGCUGCUGGCCUUGUCAGCCACUCAGACGCGUUCAGCUUCCGGUCAAGGAGAUACCACGACGUACUUCGACUCGGUCGUCCUCUUGACGAUGUUCCUCCUUGCAGGCCGCUUCCUCGAAGCGUUUAGCAAAGGCCGGACCGCCGACGCAAUCACCGCCCUGGGAAAGCUGCGCCCAACCACCGCGCUCGUCCUCGUGCCCGCUCCCUUGCGUCCCGAUAGUGCCAUCGCACUCUCGCGAUCGACGUCCGGCCAGACGGCCGCAGGCACACACAUCGACGACCCGGAAAAAGGUGACGCCUCUGCAGAGGAGCACAACUUCGCGUCGAAGCCCGGCACGAAGGUUGAGCGCGUCGAUGCGGAGCUGCUGGAGGUAGGCGACAUCGUGCGCGUGAUGAAUGGUGCGAGUCCGCCGGCGGACGGGACGGUCGUCGCGGGAGAGGGCGGCGCCUUUGAUGAGAGCUCGUUAACGGGCGAGUCAAGGCUGGUCAAGAAGAUGGCCGGGGACAAGGUGUUCUUGGGCACGAUCAACAAGGCGGGUGUCGUUGACGUGCGCGUCGACGAGAUCGGCGGCCAGACCAUGCUGGACCACGUCGUAAAGGUAGUUCGCGAAGGGCAGACGCGCCGCGCACCUAUCGAGCGAGUCGCAGAUAUCAUUACUGGGUACUUCGUCCCCGUCGUGACGCUGCUCGCGAUCAUCACCUGGGUCGUAUGGCUCGGCCUUGGUCUGGGCGGCGCGCUCCCGCCGGACUACCUCGACAUCGAAGUCGGCGGAUACGCGGUGUGGUCUCUCGAGUUCGCCAUCGCCGUCUUCGUCGUUGCGUGCCCGUGCGGUAUCGGCCUCGCCGCCCCCACGGCCCUGCUCGUUGGAUCCGGUCUCGCGGCGAAAUACGGCAUCCUCGCGCGCGGGGGCGGAGAGGCUUUCCAGGAAGCCGCUCAGCUCGACGUCUUCGUCUUCGACAAGACCGGCACGCUCACCGAGGGCGGCGACCCUAAAGUCACCGAUGUGGACAUCAUCGCCGACAACGCCGCUGGCCUCUCCAGCAAGGUCAUCCUUGGGAUCGCUGCCGAGAUCGAGUCCGCGAGCUCGCACCCCCUAGCGGGCGCCAUCCGCGGGUAUUGCGAAGAGAAGGGCGCGCCUGCGCAGACGGCGUCCGAGGUCGAAGAGACACCCGGACGCGGGUUGACGGCGACUUUCUCCGCGCUAAACUACACGGCGAUCAUCGGGAACGAGGCGUGGAUGGAGGUCCACCACUGCGAGGUCGACGGGCGGCUUUCCAAGCUGCUCCACUCGUGGAAGUCCGAGGGGAAGAGCGUCGUGCUGCUUGCUGCCCGCUCGGAGAGUAGCGCCGCAUCGCUACAUUUCGCGGUCGUUGCUGCGUUCGCGGUCGCGGAUCCCAUUAGGCCUGAGGCGAAGGAGGUGCUCGCGCGGCUGCAGGGUCAAGGGAUCGGGACGUGGAUGAUCUCUGGGGACAAUGCGAUGACUGCGAAGGCGGUCGCGAGGUCGGUCGGUAUUCCCGAGACCAACGUUAUCGCAGAGGUGCUCCCGCAUCAAAAGGCUGAGAAGAUUCAAUGGCUCCAGCAGGUCGGCAUGAAGAGACCUCAGACGGGCCUAGCGCGCCUCUUUGGUCGCCGGAGGCUCAACGAACGCUGCAUAGUAGCCAUGGUUGGCGAUGGUAUCAACGACGCCCCGGCUUUGACAGCUGCGGAUGUUGGGAUCGCCAUCGGCUCUGGCAGCGACGUAGCAAUCUCUAGCGCGUCGUUCAUCCUCGUGUCGUCUAACCUGCGAAGCCUGUUGACGCUGUCCGACCUGUCUCGGACAGUGUUCAACCGCGUCAAGUUUAACUUCUUCUGGGCCUCUAUAUACAACCUCAUUGCUUUACCUAUCGCCGCUGGUGUGGUGUACCCCGCUGGGCAUGCGCGACUUGCACCUGUAUGGGCUUCCCUGGCUAUGGCGCUAUCGUCUGUGUCAGUAGUCUGCAGCUCCCUUCUGCUGCGACUGUACCGGGAGCCUAAGAUAUCCUCAUGAUUCACGACCGUCCGCCACGUACCGUUAUGCAUACCACUAUCUGUACCAUGUUACAACAUAUGUGAUCACUGUAGUGUACAGUAUUGUACAAUCAAGCACGUAGCUGUUGU